AUGUCGUCGCACCACGAACACGAAGAAGCUCAGCCCCUUACGGCGGAGGAUCAACCGCUCUUCGACGCGGUGAAGGCCGAGUUCGGCGAUCGCUGCACCGAUGACCUCGCCAUCCGCGUGGCUCGCGCGUAUCGCGGCAUGAAGAAGAACCGCGAGCAGUUCACGAUUGCCGAGACGAAGAAGAUUUUGGACGCGCGCGCGGCGUUCGAUGUCGACAACGUCCUGAAGCGAGACCUGCCGCAGUCCAAGCUCUACAACGAGUACUGGCCGACCUACAUCUACGGCGAGGACAAGGAGGGGCACCUCGUGACGGUGGACCGCAUCAGCGACAUCAACCCGGACGGCUUGUUCAAGACGUUCACGAAUGUCAACGACAUCAUCCCGCACCGGUGGCAGUACAUGGAGCGCAUCCAGUGGGAGAAGGUGGCCGUCUCCAAGCGGCGAGGCCACCGCGUCUACAAGCACGUGUGCAUUGUCGACCUCAAGGGCCUCAGCCUGAAGCUGCUGUCACCGUCAGUGCUGAGUCAUCUCAAGCCCAUCUUCGACGUGGGGCAGCUCUACUAUCCCGAGACGCUGCACUGCCUGUACAUCGUGAACGCGCCUUUCAUCUUCUACAGCGCCUGGAAGGUCAUCUCGGCCAUCAUCCAGCCGGAGACGCGCGAGAAGAUCCAAGUGUUUGUACACAUGAAGGCGUUCCUGGAGGUGGCACAGAAUCACGGCAUCCCGCUGUCAUCACUUCCGUCCUAUAUGGGCGGCUCGCACCCAGGACGAGUUAUGAACAACACGUUCACAGCGUCGGAGCCAGAUACGCCAUUCCCAGUGCCUGUGGUGGCAACAGUGGCGGCUGAGAAGGCUGCACCCACUGAAGUUGCCGCCGGACUAGAAGUGUGCGCAGGAAAUUGA